AUGUCUCAAGCAGCAUGGAUAUCCAUUGGAGGGAGGAGAACCCAGGUGAUUCGCAACAAAGAUUGCGCCAAGCGGGCAAUGGUAGCAUCCUCAGAAUGUGCAGCGCAGCUCCGUAAGGUGAGCUUGCACCAGUGGGAACACUUUUUGCAAGCAGAAAAAGAUGUCACUACAGCCAAACCUUCCUCAGAUCUGCCUUACGACCUCACAAACAACAGCUUCAACCAUGACUUCAAUUUUUCAACAAUUAUCCCUCCAGUGGGCGAGGAAGGCUUCUCAGUCAGUCAUGGUGAUGGAGAGCUUGAGCUUUACGAGGAUCUGAGUAAUGCCCUAUCCUCCCAAUGUCCUCAUAUUGAUGACCGUGAUCGACAUGACCACACAACCCGACUAGCACUAUCCUGGGCAGCCCAGUAUGAGUUGCUCGUUGAUGCAUACCUACAGUUUCGUUAUGAGAGCCCAUCAUUUGUGUCUCUCCCCACAACUAUCAGUGAUUCUGAUGAGACCUCGGAGACAUUCUCAAUAGAAGUCGUCGACUUAUUUGAACUUCAGUUUCCAUUUGAGGUUGCACUCAAUGGCAACAACUUGGCAAAAUUCGUAGACCCUGCCCUACAUGGGGGAAGAGAGCGUUCUGACCCCCGAAAUGGCCAGUUUGAUAUCUGGCUUGAUGAAGAAUAUGUUGACCGAUUCAAAGAUGAGGUUCAGAAUGCUCACCAGCACUACCAUCCUACUCCUGCUCAAACCGUGGAUCUGGAUGAUCCAUGGGUUGAUUGUGAAGCCGAAGAACAAGAUUCAAAUGAGCCAAUCAAUGUAUGUGUCGAUCAUUGGCGCAAUGUGGCCCCCAAGGCUCGUAAACAAAUGUUUGCAGUCUUUCACAAGUCAGGCAUUUUUGUAGCUGUAUGCCGUCACGGCUUUCUUCUUUCAAUAUGCGAUAUGGUUUGCAGCGGUGAGCUAAUGAAAUAUCCACUCGCGACCAUCAGCAAAUUGAUGGAAGUCUUUGCUGAACCCUUCCUUUACAGCUAUGACAUUAAGUGUGCAUUCCAUUCUAUUCUACAUCGCUCAUCGCUUGGAUCUGCAGUGCAGGCUUUCGGUAUUGAAGGAGUGGUACCAGGAUUUCAUGGUCAUGCACACAAUAGACUCUGUCAAGUACAGCACCACUCGAAGUUCAUGGUCGGUGCUGGGAAGGAAGAUUUUGAAACUUGUGAAUGGACAUUUUCGGAGUCUAAUGCACUCGCUCCCAAAAUUAGGAACAUAACUGAAUUUCACAGGCAUCAAGCACUUGAUGAACAUUUUAAAUUCGUUGAUGAGGAAAAAUAUGCUACUCUCAGUACCUUCAUUUACCACAAUUAUGUGCAAGCACUCAAGUGCAUUCAUUCCCACAAGGAGUUUCUUCAACAUUUUGAUCUCACCCCUCAAGAUUUUGAAUCGGAUCUGGCUGAGGAACGCAGCUACCUGGAGGUGGCCAGUCAACACAAGUCUGGAGAUAGUAUACAAGUGGAAUAUGUGAAGGCAUUGAAUGACCUUGAUCUAGCACAAACUCAAUGGGAGGCCACCCAACAUGAGUUCAAUCGCCUCGACUUACAUGUUAUUGACAAUGGAUUUACUAAUAAGGACAUCGCCAAUGUACACCAUUGCCAUACCACAACACAGAACCAAAUGGAGAUGAAAGCCCAGGUUGUCAAGGAUUUCGAAGCUCGCAUUGGUGUUGAGGAGUGGUGGUCUCUGACCCACGUGGAACGCAUUAGAGCGCAAUCACUCAUUGCCAAUGCACAGUAUCAUAAAGCUGUUGACGAUGUGGAGUGCCUCGUGGUCAUGCGACUUCUGGAACUUACGAAACUCCAGAUGAGUGGUUUAGCCCUAAAGACCUGGGCCACUGCAAUCCGGAACACCCUCAACCAAUAUAAUAAACAUGCUGCCACACUUGACCCUCCUCAUGCGCCGAUCACGAACCAGUUGCACAACAAGCAUUGGUCAGUCCCUCAUAAUCAUCAAGCAUCGGGAAAAUACUUUGAUCUAGAACAUUCAAAGGAGGAGAUUGUGCGCUGCAAUGUAGAGACUCUGCGCCUUCACACGAAGAUUCGAGAUGAUGUGAUUCUUUUUCCAGCUGUAAUUGAGCAGUGUCAUGAAUCUAACCCACUUCUUGCAGCUGAGAUACAGCGCCACUGGCACCAUCUGCAAUCUGUUAACACUUUCCACCUCUCCCACAUUCCUGGAUUUUCAGGUAGCAGAGCUGUAGGGACUCGUGUCGGACAGAUGAUUAGUGAUGCACAAGCAGAAGGUGACACAGAUAUGGUUAAUGAGUUAGAGGAGGAUGAGCAUGACCCUGAUGGCCAGGAACAGACAUUGAUGGAGGACUUCUUUUAUCAGUUGCAUAUUGGAUCCACCAAGACAGAGGAAGACUAG